AUGAAUAUAUUUCUGAUUCUAUGUUUGUACGAAUUUAUAGUGCCAUCAGCUCCGCGGGAUCUGGAAGUUGUUUUGGUUAAUGCUUCUGCAGUAAAGGUGAGCUGGGAGAAACCACUGUAUGCAAAUGGCGAUAUCAUCGGAUAUUAUGUAUAUAAAGAUCGGUUGUUAAACGGUGAACCUGUAAAUGACAAGUUACAGCGAGCCAUUAUCUAUGAUCAACAUAAAACACAUACUUUAAUUACUGGACUUCAACCAAAUACAGAAUAUUCUUUUCGUGUAAAUGCUUUUAACCGACAUGGUGACGGUGAAUUUAGUCCAAGCAAAAAAAUCCUUACUGGAGGAAUGCCUCCAUCUGAACCCGAAACUCAAUCUGUCAGUUUGUUAAGUGAUGAAACUCCAUUGCGGGCUCGGGUUGACUGGAAACCACCAGCGUUAACUUAUAAUUUGCCGAUUAACAAAUAUGUGAUCUGGUACAAUCCGUUUGAUCAUAAGAAUGCACGGAGACUUGAAGUACCUGGUACACAGAACUUUGUGGUCCUUGAUGACUUAUGUGCGUUAAUGGGACGACUGUAUGAAAUCAAUAUAGCUGCGGAAAAUGACGAUGGAUUAAGUGCCAAUAGAACGGAAUGGUUGACAACUCCAGUUGGAAUACCGGAAGCUGAACCGAUGAAUGUACGCUAUGAGAUUAAUGCUGAUCAGGUAAAUUGUUAG